AUGUAUGUGGGAUACCUCCUGGAUAAGGAAAGCAGCAUGUAUCACCAAGGGCCUGUAAGAAGAUCAAGCAUCAAUCUUCCUCCACAGAAUUUUGUUUCUACCCCACAGUACCCAGACUUUACUGGAUACCAUCAUGUGCCAAACAUGGAUACGCACGCACAGUCUGCGGGGAGCUGGGGACCUACUUAUGGUGCUCCAAGGGAGGACUGGGGUGCAUACAGUCUGGGACCACCUAAUACUAUUCCUACUCCCAUGAACAACUCUUCUCCUGGACAGGUUUCUUACUGCUCAUCUGAGUACAGUCAUAUGCAUCCUCCGGGAUCAGCGGUAUUACAGCCACCACCGGAGAAUGUGACUGUGGCGCAACUUUCUCCAGACAGAGAAAGGCGCAGUUCAUACCAGUGGAUGAGUAAAACGGUGCAGUCUUCUUCUACCGGGAAAACGAGAACGAAGGAGAAAUACAGAGUGGUGUACACCGACCAUCAGAGACUGGAGCUGGAGAAAGAGUUUCAUUUCAACAGAUACAUCACCAUCAGGAGGAAAUCUGAACUCGCCGUCAACCUGGGUCUCUCGGAAAGACAGGUGAAAAUCUGGUUUCAGAAUCGCAGGGCCAAAGAGAGGAAGCUAAUCAAGAAGAAAAUGGGUCAGUCUGACGGCAGCGGGGGGUCAGUGCACAGCGACCCGGGCUCGGUGAGCCCUCUGCCGGUCCCAGGCUCCCUCAGCCCCACGGACAUCCACGGCUCUCUGUACCCGCCCCAGGGCAUGAACACCUUGCCGUCUAUCAGGAAUAUACAGCAGGUCACUGUGAGUCAGUGA